AUGUCCAAGGAUGACGGCAAGAAAUCCGAUCGACGUCGGCGUCAUCACAAGAAGAAGUUGGCGGACGGUGGCGCCACGUCGGGGCAGCUCUCCUCCCCUUCGAGCCACGCGUCCGUGAGUGGCGUGGCCUCGCCUUCGAGCCAUACGUCCGUGAGUGGCGUAGCCUCGUCUUCGAGCCACGCGUCCGUGAGUGGCGUGGUCAGUCCCACAUGCGAGGAGCAGUCGCCCGUGGUCCGCAGCCCCGCGCAGUCUGCGUCACCGAGAUCGGUGACCACCGCCGAGCAGCUGCCGCCGUCUUCGCCGAGUGCCCCUCCCGAAGAGGAGCCGCCUCCAGGCUCUGACAGCGGUGGACACUCGUUUCAGGGCAGCGCCGUGCCAGCAGCCGCGACGUCAACUACCUCCGGGGCCAUCGCUGAGCGACGGCAUGAACGGGUGCAGGCGGUGGCAACGAAACCGGACGGUCGCGUGGAACAGCGCACCCAACAACAGACUUCCGAAGGCGGCACGGUGACGCACACGGAGCCCGCUGCUGCGGGGAGCAGCGCGUCCGCUGCGGUCGCCGCAGCAACGUCGAGCGGUGUCGCUCAGGUCCACGCCGAGCAUCCUUCGACCACCAAGCGUGGCGACCAGGAUGUCAGAGCGGCACGCGCUGGUCUCGUGUCUCCUGCUGCCCGACUGGAGCAUGCGGAACCAAGCAAAGGGCACGCACUGCAGCGGACGACGACAGCGAAUAUGGGCAGAACAAUCUCGAUUCACGAGUUGCCAGCGGGAGCGGCUGAUCGCUUGGCGCAGGUUUGA